AGUACUGGCAAGGCACUGGGUACCCAGUACUGACCAGACCUGUUCUUUGAGCUGAAAAUGAUGUGCAGUAGCAAGACUUUGUUCCUGGCUGCUUUGAUGUCAGUGCUGCUACUCCACCUCAGCAGCAAGUCAGAAGCAGCAAGCAGCUUUGACUGUUGCCUCAAAUAUACACAACAUGUAAUUCCCACCAGUUUUAUUGUGGGCUUCACACAGCAGCUGGCCAAUGAAGCUUGUGACAUCAAUGCUAUCAUCUUUCACACAAAAAGAAGAUUAUCUGUGUGUGCAAACCCGAAGCAGAACUGGGUGAAGAAGGCUGUGCGCAUUCUCAGCAAAAAAGUCAAGAAGAUGUAAAAACAUAUGCUCUUUCGGAAUGAAAUUGGACACAGCUCAAGAACAAAAAGAACAUGGCUGGCAUUGGUGGUUUCAUUAGCACACCAUCUAGCACUCAUCUGAUUCUUGCCUUAUUGGACUUGUCCAGUUGAUGAAGUUGAUUCAUAUUGCAUCAUAGUUUGCUUUGUUUAAGCAUCACAUUAAAGCCAAGCUCUAUUUUAUGUUAUUUAUAGCUGUAGAAUUUUUUUGUGUUUAGCUAUUUAUACUAAUUUCUCAUAAGCUAUGGCUUAGUGCAAGGUAUAACAUUAUAUUUGGGGGUUUGUUUUUGGUACCGGGGAUUGAACUCGGGUCCUUGCACUUGCACAGCAGGUGGCUAAACCACUGAGCUAAAUCUCUGGCCUUAUAAUAUUAUAUUUGGAGGAAUACAAUUACAUUGGGUCUUCUUGCAAGUAGUAAGCUAUUUUUUUUUUUUUUGUAUUGGGGAUCGAACGCAGGACCUUGUACUUGCAAGGCAGGCACGGUGCCACUGAGCUAAAUCCCCAGCCCAUAGUAAGCUAUUUAAAAAAACUAUUUAACUUUCCUUUGUGUAUAUACUUUUGUUUCCUAAAUUGUUGUAAUUACCUUUUAAAGGGAAAAAUGAUUGUAGAAGGGUAAAUUCUGAAAA